AUGGGAGAAACGGAAGAUGAGACAUUUCCAUGGUGGAGGGUUAUCCAAGACUUUGUGCACUUGUAUUUUGAACACUUUGAUCAUGAAUACCCCGUGAUUCACCCAUAUGCUCUAGAAUACAGGCAUGAAAAAACCUCAUGGAUGGUCCUAUUAGCAGUGGUCACUGUUGGGAGUCAAUAUAGCGCUUUCGGCAAUGCCAGUCAGUUUUCAGCAUCUUUCGGAGAGAUACUGUGUCAUGCAAUAACCCAAAACGUAAGUUCAUCUCCUGGUGAAAACCCGUACCUCAUAUUAAUCAAAUCAGCAACCUCAAUCACCCGAAUCAACAACUUUGUCCUAUGCGCAAAGCGUAUUUCUUAG